AUGACAAACCACAUGCUGCUGUUUGUGCUGUCCGCCUUCAGCGGAGGAGCGCGCACAUUAGUGUCUGGAGACGACACCGUGGUCUCCACAGAGGAGAGAGUUCUUACCACUUCUGGUAAAGAGUGUAAGUUCCCGUUUCGUCAGGGAGGAAGACUCCAUCAUCACUGCAUCACGGUCCUGACCUCACAACCCUGGUGCUCCCUCACGCAUAACUAUGACCGGGACAAGCAGCUGGGCUACUGCAUUCCCUCUGAUGGUUUUAUUAACAGAUCCCAUGACGUUCCUGAUCCGUGCCUGGUGACUCCAUGUUGGCAUGGCGGCAUCUGUACACCGAUCCCACAUACUGGCUCGUUUACGUGUUCCUGUCCAGAGGGAUUCUCUGGAAGAUUAUGCAAGCAAAAGAAGUGCUACGAACCCCUUCACCUGCACUAUUAUGACGUCGGCGAGACUUGGGGGCGAAUUCAUCUUCGGAACGUGGAACAGUGCACAUGUGUGGCGGGGGGAAGCGAGUGCCAAAGAGUCCGCUACACAACAUGUCGCAGAAAUCCCUGUCAGAAUCUUGGAACGUGUCGGCUGAUCACUGCCACCGGACAGGAAGUGUGUCACUGCAGAAACGGCUACGGUGGCCCUCGAUGUAGCCUUCAGCCAGAGACAGAGUGCUACACCGGCAGGGGCACGGGUUACAGAGGAGUGGUGGGCACCACAGUGUCCGGCGCCCGGUGUCUGCCCUGGAGCUCCGAUCUGCUCUUUGACGAGCUCCAUGUGCGCACAGUGGUCCCAUCGGCCGUCAACGGGCUGGGGGAGCAUGCUUUCUGCAGAAACCCAGAUGGGGACAAGAGGCCGUGGUGCUACACUGUAUCUGACAGCGCCAUCUCCUGGGAGUACUGUGACGUCCCCUCCUGUGUGAUGCCCGUGUCGUCUUCUCAAAGGAUUAUUCUGUUCAACGUCCUUCCCAAUGGCAAAAAAACAAACGCUUCCAAGCUGACUAGCAAUCCCGUGUGUGGGACGAAGCACAAGAAGAGGCUCGCGGUUGCAAGGGGGCGGAUAUUUGGUGGAACCUCAGCCCUGCCAGGUACCCAUCCGUGGAUGGCAGCCAUUUACAUCGGACAGUCGGAUUUCUGCGCCGGCAGCCUGAUCUCCUCCUGCUGGAUCGUCACUGCAGCACACUGCUUCUUCCGCAACCCCCUGAAGUCUCAGAUCCGUGUGGUUCUUGGCCAGCACCACUUUAAUGUUACCGGCCCCAACACCCAGACCUUCGCAGUGGAGAACUACAUCUUCCCAAAACAGUUUAUCGUGUUCAAUCCAACGUUACAUGACAUCGUUCUGAUCAAACUGAAGAAGCAGGACGGACGCUGCGUGAGGAAAACCCCGUUCAUCAGGCCCAUCUGCCUCCCAGACAAAAACACAACCUUUCCUCCCGGCUACUGCUGCACCAUCAGCGGCUGGGGACGCGUGCACGAGAAGGCGAGUAGUUACUCCACGCUGCAGGAGGCCGGCGUGAGACUGAUUUCUGACGACAUCUGUCGGGACCCAAGAGUGUACGGCCACCACGUCACCACCGACAUGAUCUGCGCCGGGCUCAGCGGAUGUGUGGACGCAUGUCAGGGGGACUCCGGGGGUCCGCUGGCUUGUGCGACAGGUGACGUCAGCUUCUUGUACGGGAUCAUCAGCUGGGGAGAGGGCUGCGGGCGACCGGGGAGGCCCGGCGUUUACACCAAAGUGGUGAAUUAUAUCGACUGGAUCAAUUCAGUCAUUAAACGCAAACCCCGAACUUUAUGA